AACAGUGUUCCUGUCAGUCAGUGCAGUCUUAAUAAAUAUUUUGAGGUUAAUUUCAUAAUUUUGCCGGAAUUUUGCAAUACGGAUCUGACACGCAUCCUUCUUUGAAAAAAAACUGCGGUUUAUCCAUUAUUUAAUGUUAUCAUGCUUUUGAGGAAGGUUUAAUUUUUAAUUGUGAAACAUAAAUGUAAAAUGUAAACGUAUUAAAUCAGGUUAGGAAUUCCUUACAUCGUGCAGGAUUAUCUGGAAAAAUGUAUUUUAACUCUUAUCAACGAUUGACACGGAUUUGCAUUAGGCAAAUAUAUACCAACGUGUCACGAAAUUUAAUGAAGGAUCAUUCUGACACUUCGUUCAAAAGGAAAUUACGCUCUACUGCCUUUUAUUGGGCUGGAGUCGGAGUUCUGGUGGUUGGAUUGAGUUAUUCUGCAGUGCCUUUGUACAGAAUGUUUUGUCAGUCAUAUAGUUAUGGUGGAACAAUCGCUGGUCAUGAUGCUAAUAAAGUGAGUGCAAUGUCGCCUGUGAAAAACAGAACAAUCAAAGUCAGGUUUAGUGCAGAUACAGCAGCGUCAAUGCAAUGGAACUUUAAACCGCAGCAAAAAGAGAUAACAGUUAUUCCUGGAGAGACGGCUUUAGCAUUUUAUACAGCUACAAACCCAACUGAUCAACAAAUUGUAGGAAUAUCAACAUAUAAUGUUAUACCUUUUGAAGUAGGACAGUAUUUCAAUAAAAUACAAUGCUUUUGUUUUGAGGAACAAAUGCUCACUCCGCAUGAACAAGUUGACAUGCCAGUGUUUUUCUACAUAGAUCCAGAAUUUAUAGAAGAUCCAAAAAUGGAAUUUGUUGAUGAAAUAGUUCUGUCUUAUACAUUUUUUGAAGCCAAACCAGGAUUUAAUCUACCUAUACCAAGCUAUGCCAGAAGUCAUUCAUCAAAGUGAAACGUAAUUAUUCCUAGUUAAUAUAAUUGUACAAACAAAUAAAUAUUUAAUGUUUUUUUUUCAAA